CAGGCAGAGAGCAUUCUUUGGAGAAUGGCGGUCCUGAGAGGUUUUUCCGGCCUAGGGCAAGAGGUCUGUGCCUGGCGCGAGAACGCACUGUCCACCCCUCCGGCCUGGGACUGGGCCGGCGCGCGGACGCUACUAAGAGGCGGUGGCUCCCGCCCCCGCGGCCGGACGUGGCGCCUCCCCUGCGGCCGUGGCCGGAGCCUGGAGGUGGGGUCGGAGCCGGAGCCCGGGGCUCUGAUGUCACCGCGCGGCCGCGAGUGCCCAGGAGCGCGUCUCGGCUGGAGCCUCAGCCUCUGGAGAAGCCGGGUCCUUCCCUCCCGGGCUCGCGCUGUCUCCUGCGCGCGAUCCUUUCCCGACGGUGAACCCAACCGGAAAGGCCGAGAACUGCGCGGGACCGCGACCGUUCCCUCUCGCGCUGCUCCACGUGUCUCUGCCGCCCCCUGCGGCCGCCAGGGCCUGCGCUUCUCUCCCUCCGGCGCGUAGGUCCCAGAGCUUGAAGCCCAGGAUCCAGGGAGCCAGACAGCCUCAGUAUUCAUCUGCGCAGCCAUGGAGGCCCUGGAACCUGGAGAUGACCGCGCCUCCCCGGCCUCGUCCACUAGCGGCCUGGACCUGCGGCAUCUAUCCCUGCACGCGGACUCGGCCUACAGCUCUUUCUCCGCAGCCUCUGGCUGCCCUGAGCCGCUCACGCCGUCGCCAGGGACGGACCUCUUUCCUUACCUAGACUGGGACUAUGUACGCGUGGUUUGGGGCGGCCCGGCCCCCGCCCCCGCCCCGCCCGACGCUGCACUUUGCACAUCCCCGCGGUCACCUUCGCACAUCCCCACGGUCGCCGCCCCCAGUGGGCCGCAGACACCAGAGGUCCUGGGAACCCCAGGGUCACUGAGCAGGCAGGCCACCCCGCUGUUGUACGCUCUGGCGGCGGAGGCGGAGGCCACGGCUCAGGCUGCCGAGCCGCCCAGCCCGCCGGCCUCGAGGGCCGCCUACCGCCAGCGGCUGCAGGGUGCCCAGCGGCGAGUGCUCCGGGAGACGUCAUUCCAGCGCAAGGAGCUCCGCAUGAGCCUGCCCGCCCGCCUGCGGCCCACUGUCCCCGCACGGCCCCCGGUGACGCACCCGCGCUCCGCCUCGCUCAGCCACCCGGGUGGGGAGGGAGAGCCCGCGCGCUCCCGGGCUCCCGCUCCAGGAACCGCCGGCCGGGGUCGCCUAGCCAACAAGCAGCGGAAGUGGUGCUUCUCAGAGCCAGGAGAGCUGGAUCGCGUGGGUCAGGGCGGUGGGCCGGCCGGGGAAUGCCUGGGUGAGGCCUGCUCCAGCUCUGGCCUGGCUGGGCCCGAGCCUUUGGAGUUCCAGCAUCCGGCACUGGCUAAGUUUGAAGAUGGCCAGGUCAGAUGGCUGUCUGAGAGGCAGCCCCAAGGUGCAACGGACCUAGACUCCAGGUCCUUGAAGCUUGGUGAUGUCUAUAGGCCUGCCAGUCGGAGUCGGAGCGCCUCAGGCCAAGUCUUGGGUUCCUGCGGGGGAUCAGGAGGGACCAUUCCGAUUGCCCAGGCUGUUCCCCAAGGAGCAGAAACCCCCAGACCAUUGUUUCAGACCAAACUUUCCAGGUUCUUGCCUCAGAAGGAGGCUGCGGUGGUGCAUCAUGCAGAGGUACCCCAGAGCAGCCCUGCUGACUGUGAGCAGAGGAUCUCAGAGACCUGCACUGUGCCUGCCCAGCUCCCUUCCCUUCCUGAUGAAGUGUUCCUGGAAGAGGCCCCGUUGGUCACAAUGAGAUCACCACCAGACCCCUGUGCCUCCCAGGGACCCCCAGCCAGUGUUCAAGCCUCUGGCCAGCAGUAUGGAACUGUCUCUGGCCAAAGAACUGGCCAGGCUACAGUCCCCCCAGAGUACCUGCUCUAUGAGUGUCCAGGAACUGCAGGGGCAGAUGACUGCUGGCAGGGGGUGAAUGGUUCUGUAGGUAUUUCCAGACCCACAAGCCAUUCCCCCACUGGGACUGUAACUGACGACAUCCCAACUAUUGACCCCAUUGGACUGACCACCAAUCCCCCCACAGCUGCUGAGAGUGACCUCCUCAAACCUCUUCCAGUCGAUGCUUUGGGACUUUCAGGCAAUGAUACCCCAGGUCCCCUUCACAACACUGUCCUGGGCAGGGGCACUGGCCAGCCUGGUUCCAGGCCCACAUGGCCUAGCCAGUGCCUCGAGGAGCUGGUUCAGGAGCUGGCCAGAUUGGAUCCCUCUCUAAGUGACACUCUUACUUCCCAGCCCAUCCCAGAGCCACCCCUGGGCCUGCUGGAUGGGCUGAUUCCUUUAGCAGAGGUCCGGGCUGCAAUGCGGCCUGCCUAUGGGGAGGCUGGAGAGGAGGCUGCUGGUACUUUUGAGUCAGGGUCUUAUCAGCUCAGCUUCACCCAGCCCUUGCCAGCUCCUCAGGAGGAGGCAAGGUUUGAAAACCCUGCCACCGAGCCUGUGCCUGACCAGUCAUGUGGCCAGGAGCUCCCUGUACCAAACGACAGCAUCCAGGGCAAGAAAGUGGAGCUGGCCGCCCUCCUCCAAAAGAUUCUUCAGGACCUUCAUACGGAGCAGGAGCGGCUGCAAGGGGAGGCCCAAGCAUGGGCCAGGCGCCAAGUGGCUCUGGAGGCAGCAGUGCGCCAGGCUUGUGCCCCCCGGGAGCUGGAGCGGUUUAGCCGGUUCAUGGCCGACUUAGAGCGCGUGCUUGGCCUCCUGCUGCUGUUGGGCAGUCGCCUGGCGCGCGUGCGCCGCGCCCUGGCCCGGGUGGCUUCAGACAGCGACGCUGACGAGCAGGCCUCUCUGCUGCAGCGACUCCGGCUUCUGCAGAGGCAGGAGGAGGACGCUAAGGAGCUGAAGGAGCACGUGGCGCGGCGCGAGCGGGCGGUGCGGGAGGUGCUGGCGCGAGCACUGCCGAUGGAGGAGCAGCGCGCCUAUUGUGCCCUGCUGGCCGGCAAGGCCGCGGUCCUGGCCCAGCAGCGCAGCCUGGACGAGCGCAUCCGCCACCUUCAGGACCAACUGGACGCCAUCAGGAACGACCUUGGCCAUCAUUCCCCAUCUCCCAGGCCGGCCCGGCCCCCAGGGACCUGUCCUCCGGAUCAGCCGGCCUUCCCUCUUCUCCUUACCUAGUUAUAGAUGGAGAGGGUGGGGAGCAUCACCCCUACCUCUGUCCCACGUAAGUGGGGUGAUGCUGAUUUAUUCUGUGCUUUUGCCUUCAGGGAUUGGGGAGGACCCAGGCCAGGCCUCUCUAAGAUAUUCCUCCAAAGUGUUCUCAUGUGGCCUUACCCAGGCCUUGUGGGUUAUUUGGUAAUUAAUUUAUGGAUCUUAAGACUGCAGUAUUCCCCCAUUUUGUGAUGACAGUGCGGGGCUGUCAGGGGUUGGUUGGAGGGAGGAGACAAGGGAGAGGCGCACUUAAGGUGCAGAGCAGCCUCUUUUCAAUAAAAAUGGUUAAGA